UCGUGGACAUUUACCUUAUCGGCGGCCAGCUCGGUCAAACUGGAGAUACCAACCCCACACAGCAGAAGCCAAGCGGCUGUUCAAAGAGGAUGAGAAUAUCCCCGGUAACACCCUGGUACGCUUCAUGACGUGGGAGUUCGAGGAGUGGAUGAUUCUUGCCUGGGUAGUGGGAUUUCUGUGGCAGGAGUGUAAACAGUUACACCAGGAAGGCCCGAGGGGCCAUCUUCGCUCCAUGUACAACGUUAUAGACUUCGCCAUGAUCACACUCUACAUGUCGUCCUACUCACUCAAAGGCGUCUCUAUUUACAAGGCGCAAAAAUCCGUGGAGUAUUUCAAAGACAAAAUGUCUUUCUCUCGUUUAAUAAACGAAGACUUCGAAGCAAUACAGCAUCACUACUGGAUAACGCCAGAUCGGUACUACUGGGAUAAGUUUGACCCUUACCACGUCUCGGAGGGAAUAUUCGCCAUUGCUAACGUCCUCACCUUCUCCCGAAUAUCGGCCAUGCUGCCCGUCAAUGACGUCCUGGGACCCAUGCAGAUUUCACUGGGAAGGAUGUUAAACGACAUUCUCCGGUUCAUGAUGAUAUUCCUGCUCAUUAUCGUGGCCUUUAUGGUGGGACUGGACAACUUAUACUGGUUCUAUGAUGCCAAUGUGGUUGGUCACGUGUCACUACAGGAGCACGGUAUGACUAAAGGAGGAGAAAACUUCGGAAAUAUAGAGUACACUUUUCGCUCUGUGUUUUGGGGGAUGUUUGGACUUAUGGACUACGACAUCGUUGACCUUUCACCUUACGACGCCAUCUUUACUCGUAAUAUAGGCUACAUUCUGUACGGCUGUUACAUUAUCUGUAUAGUCAUUGUGCUCCUGAACAUGCUUAUCGCCAUGAUGAGUUUGAGCUUCCAGCAAAUCGCGGACGACUCCGAUGUGGAGUGGAAGUUUGCCCGCAGUAAGCUCUACAUGGAGUACAUAGAGGACGGACAGACACUGCCCCCACCCCUCAAUAUCAUCCCCACCCCCAAGUCUAUAUGGAGGGUGUGUAAGCAGAUAUCCGGGUGCUGUAAGAAUUGGUGCCAACCAAAGCCCGUGCGGCACAUCAAACCCAACGAGUUAAUCACGAACAUCACCGGUUCUCCGAAUAUGACCUUGAUCUACGGAUUCAUACCGAUUUACCAUGACAACGAGUCUAACGGGACAUUCCUGGAGCACAAAGGUAUGAUGGCGGGAGGAGAGCACAAACCCACGUAUAAGGACAUGAUGGCGAAGAUAGUGGAGAGGUUUGUGUACGAUAUGACCACGGGAGGGGAGGGGGACACUGAAGACGAACUCGAUGGGCUCCGACAGGAAGUGAUAUUCCUUAGGCGCCACCUGGUGACCAGCAUGGAGUUACAGGACAAACAGCUAAAGGAAUGCCGGAAUGAAAUCAAUGAGUUGAAGAACGCGAUCACGGGCUUGAACUCUGCCCAGAGCGAGACUUUCCACCUGUCCGUGGAGGUGGGUCAGAAGACUCAAAUAUCUCUGUCAGAGAUCAGUCGUCAGUUACAGGAACUUUCUCAGAACCAAGUGUUGUCUUUCCAAGGUGCCUCCAGUCUGGGACAUUCCAGGUUGACCGCUAUGGAGUUGGCGAGACUCCGAUGUAUACCGCCUGCCGUGCCCGGGGCAAAAAGGCGGAGCGAGGAGUCACUACAGAGUCGCGACUCCUCCGACUACGGGCCACCCGAUCGUUGGGUGGACGACCCACCCUAUCUGAAUCACAGCAGAAGUACAUAGAGAGACGUACGUCACUACGCCAUGUGGGAGUUAGCAGCGUGUCAGUACAUAUUCUGGUUUGAUUGACAUGCAACUGGAGCGAUCUUACCUGGAAAACGGGAUGCUGAAGAAUUAUGGGAAAUAGUUUGUCGUCUGCGAGUCAUUCAUCAGAGAUGGCGGUCGUUGGUAACACGCUUUGUACUUUUCAACUCACUCCCAAAAACUGGGCUAUCAGGCGUUCCAUGACAAAUUUGAUUGUUUCGUCUAGGAUCCUGUGGGCGACUGAACAUGUAAAAGCUGCAUUUAGAUCGAACAUGACACUUCUCACCGCUCUCACCCAUUGUACUGUAAAAUUUGAACAGACUGCUUUGCGUCAAUUUCAUCUAUGAAAAGAAAUAUCUCCAUGCGGGAAAGUGAGAUCGUCUGUGACUGAGUGAACCUAUCAAUGACAUUGGAGAAUAUGUAGAAGACUAACCAUAUAAAAUGAGUACGGCAUAUGUACUUCUGUCUCUCUAUUGUAUAUGUACUUGCGCUAUCUGUCAUUAGAAAGGCUGUAUCUUCUGUACCGGUACCAGGUGUAUUCUUACAGGUCCUCAGCCCCCUCCCUGUAUAUCUGAUGUGACAGGAUACCGGGAUAAGACAAGCAGUCAUUAUUACACCAUUAAGACUGGGGAAAAGACAUGCAGUCAUCAUUAUACUAUUAGGACUGACGAUAAGACAUGCAGACAUUAUUACACCGCUAGGACCGAGGAUAAGACAUGCAGUCAUUAUUACACCAUUAGGACUGAGGAUAAGACAUGCAGACAUCAUUACACCGCUAGGACUGAGGAUAAGACAUGCAGUCAUUAUUACACCAUUAGGACUGAGGAUAAGACAUGCAGACAUCAUUACACCGCUAGGACUGAGGAUAAGACAUGCAGUCAUUAUUACACCAUUAGGACUGGGGAUAAGACAUGCAGUCAUUAUUACACCUUUAGGACUGAGGAUAAGACAUGCAGUCAUUAUUACACCUUUAGGACUGAGGAUAAGACAUGCAGACAUUAUUACACCAUUAGGACUGAGGAUAAGACAUGCAGUCAUUAUUACACCAUUAGGACUGAGGAUAAGACAUGCAGUCAUUAUUACACCUUUAGGACUGAGGAUAAGACAUGCAGUCAUUAUUACACCUUUAGGACUGAGGAUAAGACAUGCAGUCAUUAUUACACCAUUAGGACUGAGGAUAAGACAUGCAGUCAUUACUAGGAUUAUUAGGACCAAGGCUAUAUUACACAAUACUGAUACCCUCUAAAGCGUAUAGGACUAUAACGAACAGCUCUGGAAGCCAAGACUCCCCAUACUAACAAGUAUUGGACGCUGAGUCUGUAAAACUACAUUGAGAUUUAUAUAUUCUAUGAUUUCAGUUUUUAUAAAAUUUCUCUAAUAAGUAGCCAUAAGCCAUACGUACUAAACCAUAUAACAUACAAGGGAAUACUGGCCAUACCAAGAAGAGUUUCACACUCAGUCUGCAAAGCUUCAUUAAAUUCUUAUCACCCUCAGCGUACUAAUCUUUUCUUGCUUCUGAUUAACUAUAUAAGUGGGAAUUCUAUGCUUGCAUUUAAUUUGCCUCACUGCUUUUUUUUCAAGAGUCACUCUUGACAACUCAUGUCAUAUGAAUUCAGGGACUUAUAUAUCGUGAGAUGAGUCAGGUGUUGUGUAUGUAUAGGGUAGCUCCAUGUAGCUCGUAUGUGUUUCCAAUUUUGUCUGUGAUUUUUUGUCUGAAUGAUAUAUGAACCAGCCGAUUGCUAUAUAACGUGGAAAUCCUGUUCGUUGAUCAUAUUGUUGUAUAUGUUUUUUGUUUGAAUUUUAUUGCUUAUAUGAUAUUGUAAUGUUUGUUAGUAUCUCAUUAUUUUGCUGUCUUCUUUGCAGUGUUUGAAUAUAUAUUUUCAUCGACAGCUGUAGCUCUUAUACUUUGGUUACAAUUAUGUGUAGGCCUAUUUAUACACGUACACGUUUUUAACAGCUAUCACGUGGAGGAUUCAAGGCCAAAAAGAUUAAUGACGCUUUGGUAACAAAAAUUAUGUCUGCAUGGCGUAUAAACUUAAUAUAUGAGCCAUAUAAGUCCACCCUUACCUGGAAUGACAUAGACUUUCGGCCAUAUAUCGGCCAUAAAUUGUACACCUGGCAAUUAACAAUGAUUUAGCCUUGA